AUGGUUUCUGCUAGCAGCACCCUGCUGGCUACUGCAACGCUCCUCCUCCUCCUUUCUGCAGCUGGUGCGGCAGAAGCAGCAGCCACGCCCACACCUCCUCAAGCUCAGGCGGCGGCGGCCGCGGCGGGCGCAGCCUGCCAUAACGACAUCGUGGCCCUGCGAACCACCUGCUAUGACUACGUCCAGGAGGGUGGUCGGACGCUGCCGCCGUCGUCCAACUGCUGCGCCACAUUGAUCAGCCUCACGAAUGUUCCAUGCGUCUGCGACUACCUAGGCUCCGACCUAGACAUAGACCUGGACAAAGUGUUGUAUGUCUGCAGGAGCUGUGGAGUCGCCAUCCCCAGGGGAUGUGGGGGUCAGUACCUUACUAGCUUUGCUUCCCUUGGGUUUAAUGCAGGUCUGAGACAGAGGACCGGCUGA